AUGGCAACUAAACGCAAAGCCUCUGCGAUGGGCACGGGUAUCGACAAUGAACCCGUGGAUCCUUCGGAUGAGCUGGCGUUCUAUUGCCUGGGGGAGGAAACGAGGUCGGACGAUCAUCUCGACGCGGGCAUGCAUCCUGCCAAAGAAGGCUUUUCAGCUCUUCCAUUCUUCGACGAGUUUGAUUUGAGCACGGUGGAUAUAUUAUUGAUCAGCCAUUUCCACGUGGACCAUUCCUCUGCCCUUCCCUAUGUCCUCAGCAAGACCAACUUUAAAGGCCGUGUGUUCAUGACGCACGCGACAAAAGCCAUCUAUAAAUGGCUGAUUCAGGACAAUGUUCGAGUCAGCAAUACUUCAUCCUCAUCAGAUCAGCGAACCACACUAUACACCGAGCGUGAUCACCUCUCAACACUUCCUCUGAUCGAAACGAUCGACUUCAAUACUACCCAUACCAUCAAUAGUAUCCGCAUUACUCCUUUCCCUGCAGGACAUGUGCUCGGUGCGGCCAUGUUUUUAGUGUCCAUUGCUGGCUUGAACAUCCUGUUCACCGGUGACUACUCGCGUGAGGAAGAUCGUCAUCUGAUCCCAGCCGAAGUGCCGAGGGGAAUUAAGAUCGAUGUCUUGAUCACGGAGUCUACAUUUGGCAUAUCAUCUAAUCCACCCCGUCUGGAGCGAGAGGCUGCCCUCAUGAAGUCAAUCACAGGAAUUUUAAAUCGUGGGGGCCGUGUUCUGAUGCCCGUGUUCGCUCUUGGCCGCGCACAGGAGCUGCUCCUUAUCCUCGAAGAAUACUGGGAAAGACACCCAGAAUUACAAAAGGUUCCUAUUUACUAUAUUGGUAAUAUGGCUAGAAGAUGUAUGGUUGUUUAUCAAACCUACAUUGGCGCUAUGAACGACAAUAUUAAACGGCUAUUCCGACAACGGAUGACUGAAGCAGAGGCUAGUGGCGACAAGAGCGUCAGCGCUGGCCCAUGGGAUUUCCGAUUUGUCCGAAGCUUGCGAAGCUUGGAGCGAUUUGAUGAUGUUGGAGGCUGCGUCAUGAUAGCUUCACCUGGUAUGCUUCAGACCGGAACCAGUCGCGAGUUACUCGAGCGGUGGGCUCCUAGUGACCGUAAUGGCGUCGUUAUGACUGGUUACAGUGUCGAGGGCACCAUGGCCAAGCAGCUGCUUAAUGAGCCUGACCAGAUUCCCGCCGUGAUGUCUAAGGUGUCUGCCAUCCAGGGCCGUGGCCGUGUGCCCGGUGGUAAUGAUGAAGAGCAGAAGGUCAUGAUUCCACGGCGAUGUACUGUGGAUGAGAUUAGUUUCGCCGCUCAUGUUGAUGGUGUAGAAAACCGCAAUUUCAUCGAAGAAGUUGCUGCACCAGUUGUAAUCCUGGUUCACGGUGAGAAGCAUCAGAUGAUGAGAUUGAAAUCUAAACUUCUCUCCCUCAACGCUCAAAAAACGGUCGCCACGAAAGUUUACACACCGGCCAAUUGCUCUGAACUUCGGAUUCCAUUUAGAAAGGACAAAUUUGCCAAGGUUGUCGGCAAACUAGCGGAAAUUUCACCCCCAUCGGAGCAAGACGAUGGCCAGCUAAUGGCCGGAGUCCUGGUUCAAAAUGGGUUUGACCUGUCUCUGAUGGCACCUGAUGAUCUUCGUGAAUACGCAGGAUUGACAACAACCACCAUUACAUGCAAACAACAUCUCACUCUCAGUUCUGCCAGCAUGGAUCUAAUUAGAUGGGCUCUUGAAGGCACAUUCGGCGCCAUCGAGGAAGUUGGAGGCACUACCAAGACAGAAUCGAAGGAAAAAACGAACGGCAAAGCGAAUGAAAUAAUUGCUAAACAGGAAGCUGCCGAUGAAGAAAUUCCAAUGGAGGAAACGCUCACAUUUCUAGUCAUGGGCUGUGUCAUCUUGCGCUAUCAGUCUCGUACCCGUGAAGUUGAACUCGAAUGGGAAGGAAACAUGAUGAAUGAUGGAGUGGCUGAUGCUGUUAUGGCCGUGCUUCUGACAGUUGAGAGCAGUCCGGCCUCUGUGAAACAAUCGGCUAAAAACAAGCACCACCAUCAUCACCAUGAUCACGGCGAGGAUGAUGAUUUAGUCGCUCUUCCCAACCCCCACGGUCACCUUGGGGCACAAGAUCGGCUUACGCGGUUGCUUAUGAUGUUAGAGGCGCAAUUUGGCUCUAACAUUGCACCUAUUGAGCGACCUCGUGUUCCUGCUGAACUUGUCAACGGCGUAUCUGAAGGCGCUGAAGAUGUGAAGGACAUGGAUCAAGAGGAUCAAGACGCACGCCAAGCUGACAUUGAAUCGGCGGAACUUGAUCGUCUCCACGCUCUCGGGAUUCCAGUUCCUGGUAUCGAAAUCAAAGUGGACAAGCAUGUUGUUCGCGUCUGGCUAGAGAAUUUGGAAGUUGAGUGCACGAACGGCGUGCUGCGUGACCGCGUACGUAUUGUUGUAGAGAGAGCAAUUGAAACGGUGGCUGGUCUAUGGGCCCCAAGCUCUAUGCCCAAGGAGGCUGUGGUAUCCAAUGGUUCCUCUCAGAUGCAGGUGGAAAUGGACGUUGCCGCAGAGGCAGUUCAAGGAUGA